AUGGGUUCAAUCUGGACGGACAUGACUGAACCUUCUGCAUUUUGUGCUCCUCAAAUGCCAAAAUCGGUGCAGGUUGCGCCUCGGUUGGUAACAAGAAGUAGGAGUUUGUCGGUACAAUGUGGGAUUCGGUUUCGCCCUUGCAUUGACAUACACAAGGGGAAAGUGAAACAGAUUGUCGGAUCCACUCUUACAGAUUCUAAAGGGGAAGAUACUAGUCUUAUAACUAAUUAUGAAUCUGAUAAAUCGGCUGCAGAAUAUGCUAAAAUGUAUAAAGAUGAUGGUCUUAUUGGCGGCCAUCUAAUCAUGCUCGGAGCUGAUCCAUGGAGUAAAUCGGCAGCAAUUGAAGCCUUACAUGCUUAUCCAGGUGGUUUGCAAGUUGGAGGUGGUGUCAAUUCAAGUAAUGCCUUGAGUUACAUAGAUGAAGGAGCAAGCCAUGUUAUCGUUACCUCUUACGUAUUCAGUGAUGGACAAGUAGAUUUUGAAAGGCUAAAGGAACUGGCCGAUACCGUGGGAAAACAGAGACUCGUGUUGGAUCUUAGUUGCAGAAAAAAGGGGGAUAGGUAUGCUGUUGUCACGGACAGAUGGCAGAAGUUCACUGAUGUGUAUCUUGAUCAGAAAGUGUUGGAUCUUCUUGCCAGUUAUGCUGAUGAAUUUCUUGUCCACGGAGUUGAUGUUGAAGGCAAAAAGCUGGGAAUUGAUGAAGAGCUUGUCGCCUUGCUUGGCAAGCAUUCACCGAUUCCGGUGACAUAUGCUGGUGGAGUCACUGUUAUGAACGACUUAGAGAGAAUCAAAGUAGCAGGAGCUGGACGUGUAGAUGCCACAGUGGGCAGCGCUUUGGAUAUUUUCGGGGGUAAUUUGCCGUACAAGAAAGUUGUCACGUGGCAUUCUCAGCAAGAGGCUCUGGCAGUUUUUGACUAA